CGGCCGAGCCGCCAGCAGCAUCCUGAGUUCCUGACGCGACGCCCAAACCGCAAGGUGCCGAUCGAGUGGGCCAAAUGGCACAGAUUCCAAACCUCGAUAACGCGCCGCUCAAUCUCACUGCCCUCAGGGAGCAGUCACAGAAGGAACUCGUCAGCAUAAUCAAGAGCAUCAUGGGGAACAAGUGUCUGGUCAUCGAUCCGAAGCUCGCGGGCACCCUCUCGCUGAUCCUGCACACCUCGGUGCUAAAGGAACAUGUCACAGAGCUGCGGAUCCUCUCCGCCGACCCUGUGCAGACGGAGUGCCCCAAGGUGGUGUACCUUGUUCGGUCCCAGCUCAGCUUGAUGAAAUUCGUGGCAAAUCAGAUCAAGAACGACGAAUCCAAGGGCCUCCAGAGGGAAUACCACCUCUAUUUUGUGCCACGUCGUGUAGUUGCCUGUGAGAUGAUUCUGGAGGAAGGGAAAGUUCAUCAGAAGUUGGCAAUAAUCGGAGAAUAUCCCUUGUAUCUGGUUCCGUUGGAUGAGGAUGUCAUUUCUUUUGAGCUUGGUGAUGAUGACUAUUCCUCGCAGGAAUGUCGCCUUAUUGAAGGGGAUACGGCGACUUCUGUGUGGCACAUUGCAGAAGCUAUCCAUAGGCUAGAGCUUGCCUUUGGAGUCAUCCCCAAUGUUAGAGCCAAGGGUGUGGCAUCAACCAAAGCUGCCCAGCUGCUCAACCAUAUGCAUCUCCAAGACCCUGUCCACAUGGAUGACAUGGGGAUUCCGGAGAUAGAGACCGUUAUCUUGCUAGAUCGAGAGGUGGAUAUGGUGACACCAAUGUGCUCUCAGCUGACGUAUGAAGGCCUCUUAGACGAGAUGCUGGAAAUUCACGACGGAUCUGUGCAAGUUGAUGCCGGCAUCAUGGGCGCCCAACAAGAUGGGAAAAAGGUCAAGGUUCCACUCAAUUCGAGCGAUAAGUUGUACAGGGAGAUUCGAGACCUCAACUUCCAUGUUGUGCUUCGGGUCGUCCACCAAAAGGCAACGUCUAUUCAGCAAGAUUACGCGCAAGUGAAAUCCACGAAUACGCAGUCGGUUUCUGAGCUCAAGGACUUUGUGAAAAGGUUACACUCCCUACCGGAGAUAACCAGGCAUGUUAAUUUGGCGCACCAUCUGCAAUCCUUUGCUGGAAAACCCUUGUUUCAUGCCCGAGUAGAGAUUGAGCAAAAGAUACUGGAGGCGAAGGACUAUGAUACGUGUUACAAGUACAUUGAGGAGAUCAUACAGAAGCAAGAGCCUAUUGAGACUGUGCUUCGCCUUCUGGUGUUAUUUUCCCUUACAAAUGCUGGGUUGCCGAGGAAGAAUUUCGACUACCUGAGGCGGGAGAUACUGCACAGUUAUGGCUUUGAGCACAUGCCCUUGUUGUACAAUCUGGAAAAGGCUGGCCUUGUUAAAAGGCGGGAAUCGAGGAGUAAUUGGGCUGUUAUUAGGAGAGCUCUCCAGCUUAUAGUUGAUAUAAAGGAUCCUGAUUCCCCUGAUGAUAUGUCAUACGUCUUUGCUGGAUACGCGCCUCUUAGUAUUCGCCUUGUUGAGCAUGCUAUGAGGUCUGGAUGGCAAUCUAUUGAAGAAGUGUUGAAAUUAUUGCCGGGCCCUCGUCUGGAUUUGAAAAGAGGUGUCUCGACCAUUAGUGGUUCAUCAGAAUUGCUACCAGACGGGGCACAGCAGAAUACCGACAGGGUUGGCCGUCGCUCCGUUGUUCUGGUUGUGUUUGUUGGUGGCGUAACAUUUGCUGAGAUUGCCGCGCUUCGAUUUCUUGGUGCACAGGAAGGAAUGGGCUAUGACUUCGUGGUUGCAACAACAAAGGUCAUCACUGGCAACACAUUACUAAGACCAAUUAUAGCCAGCAGCAAACAGAGGAUGAUUUAGUUGUCUUUGCUGUGAAUACCCCCUUUUGAUUGUACAAAGCAUCACAAACCCAUGCCCAGGAGGGGAUUUUCCUUGUUCAGUUCAGGGCCACUUUUUAUUCUGCCACUGGAAAUGCUAUUGCUUGUGCUCUUGCAUUCGAGUCUUGUAUUUUCUUGUCAGAUAAAGCGUGUAAAUUGAUAGCUCCUGUACAGACAUAGAUGCUCCGCAAACAUCGAUUUGAAGGAUCUGCAAUUAUCUAUGGACAUGACAAAAAUGUGUUGCAAUUCAAUUUACGCACUUAUGUACAGUAACAGUCCCACCGUUCAACACAAUGGUGAUAAAAGUUACGCGGAGCCAUUUACAAGCCAGCAUCAGAUUCUUUUGCUAACUCCAAGAAACAUGCUAAAGUAACUAGCAAACCAAGCCACAGUCCUUAACUGCCCCGAACAUCUCAUGGCUCUUCAGGGUUUGACAUUCUUGUCUCUGUAAGCAUCUUUCAUUUGUUUCUAUCCAUAAGUUUGUCCUGGUCUGUACUGUCAAGUGUCUGCUAGAGAUCUCGAGUUCUUUGCAAUAUUCACUUCGAUGUUAUGGGGGGAAUACAUGGUUCUAAACAGCAAUCAGUUUGUCUUUUGUAUCACAAUCAUCGUCUUCACAAGUCACUGUGCCCAGCCUAGUGGAGUAUGGUUUUGUUCUCAGUUUGAAAGUAAAACAUGUAUAUUGAACUGAGAUAUAUGGAAAAUGGGAAACAAAUUAAUGUUCUUCCAUAUUA